AUGGCACAAGCAAAAAGAUUAGAAGUGAAAAGGACAAAGACAGGGAUUUGUUUGCUGCAGGAUGGUAACCAGGAGCCUUUCAAAGUGCGACUGCACUUAGCCAAAGAUAUUUUGAUGAUCCAGGAGCAGGAUGUGAUCUGUGUGUCUGGUGAGCCUUUCUAUUCUGGUGAAAGAACAGUAACAAUUAGAAGACAGACUAUAGGAGGAUUUGGAUUAAGUAUAAAGGGUGGAGCAGAACAUAGUAUUCCAGUGGUCAUUUCUAAGAUUUCCAAAGAACAAAGAGCGGAACUUUCAGGUUUGCUCUUUAUAGGAGAUGCAAUUCUACAGAUUAAUGGAAUUAAUGUGAGAAAAUGCAGGCAUGAAGAAGUGGUUCAGGUCCUUCGCAACGCAGGGGAAGAAGUGACCCUAACUGUGUCCUUUCUGAAAAGAGCACCUGCUUUUCUCAAACUGCCACUGAAUGAAGAUUGUGCAUGUGCCCCCAGUGACCAAAGCAGUGGCACAUCCUCUCCCCUAUGUGACAGUGGUUUGCAUCUGAACUACCAUCCCAACAACACGGAUACAUUAUCAUGUUCCUCAUGGCCAGCAUCCCCAGGACUUAGGUGGGAAAAAAGGUGGUGUGAUCUCCAAUUAAUUCCACUUCUUCAUUCACGGUUUUCCCAGUACCUUCCAGGAUCAGAUUUGUGCAGGCAAAAUGCGUUCCAAGUAAUUGCUGUGGAUGGGGUUUGCAGUGGAAUAAUUCAGUGUCUCUCUGCUGAAGACUGUAUUGACUGGCUACAAGCAAUAGCAAGUAAUAUUUCCAACCUCACAAAGCACAAUAUUAAAAAAAUCAACAGGAAUUUUCCCGUAAACCAGCAGAUAGUCUACAUGGGCUGGACAGAAGAACGGGAACAAGACUCCCUUCAGGAUCGAAUGUACACACCAAAGUUUCUAGCACUGAGGGGAUCUUCCCUAUAUAAAUUCAUAGCACCUCCAGUCACAACCUGGGAUUGGACACGAGCUGAGAAAACAUUUUCAGUUUAUGAGAUAAUGUGCAAAAUUCUCAAGGACAGUGAUCUACUGGACCGGCGGAAACAUUGCUUCAGUGUCCAGUCUGAAUCUGGAGAAGAUCUUUACUUUUCUGUGGAACUAGAGUCUGACCUAACAUUAUGGGAAAAAGCCUUCCAAACAGCAACUUUUUUAGAAGUUGAACGGAUACAGUGCAAGACGUAUGCCUGUGUUUUGGAGAGUCAUCUUAUGGGACUUACCAUUGACUUUAGCAUGGGCUUUGUCUGUUUUGAUGCUGCCACAAAGGCUUUGCUUUGGAGGUACAAGUUUUCCCAGCUCAAAGGUUCUUCAGAUGAUGGGAAGAGCAAAAUCAAAUUUUUGUUCCAAAACCAAGAUACUAAACAAAUUGAAGCAAAGGAGCUGGAGUUUUCCAACCUGUUUGCAGUCCUUCACUGUAUCCAUUCAUUCUUUGCAGCCAAAGUGGCUUGUUUGGACCCUUUGUAUGUAAACAGUCAAGCCACGGCUUCUGCUGCUCCCACAACUUCUGGUACUGGCAAAUUAAAGUACACUACUUGA